AUGGAGAAAGGGCUGAAGUUAUCAACCAAGUCUGAUUCACCUGCAGUAGAUGAAACCGAAUUCAGACAACUAAUAGGCAACCUCAUCUAUCUCACUGCCACUAGACCUAACAUCUAUUUUGCUGUCAGCUACAUCUCUCGCUUUAGGACAACCCCAAAAGAUGAGCAUUGGAUUGCAAGAAGGCGAGUGUUGCAAAAUGUGAAAGGCACUUCCGACUAUGGCAUUUUGUAUAGCAGUUGCAAUGAUCCAAAGUUGAUUGGUUAUACAGACUCAGAUUGGGCAAGAUCAAUGGAUGACAAAAAAUCCACUUCUGGGUAUGUAUUCAGUUUGGGUACUAGUGUCAUCACGUGGAGCAGCAAGAAGCGACAGGUCGUGGCUCUUUCCUCCGUCGAAGUUGAAUACCAGGGAACAGCUAAGGCCGCAUGUGAGGCAGUUUGGCUGUGA